AUUGGACUUUAGCCACACUUUUAUGAUAUCGUGGAUACUCUGCUUAAAUGGUUGGUGUGGUUGGAAAAUAUCUACGGUAAAUUCUCUGAGGUGUAUGGCACACUCAACGGGUUCAUCUUUUUGUUUUCAGGCUGUCUUUAAAACAACCCUAUUUUUUAUUUUAUUGACAAAUAUAAAUAAUUAACAACUUUACAUUUCACCCUUCAACAAUUUAAAUUCUGAAAAGAACGACAAAUUCACUGUUUCGCGGGAGGGCUUUUCGCAAAAUGUGCCUUCUAAUUUGUCCCGAGGCGCACCACUUUGUCAGCGAGCGCAGCUACCCGUUCGCCGGUCUUACGCUCAAGCUGAUAUUCGCCAUGCUCUUCUCGAUAACUGGCCAGACCAGUCGAACCAUUGCUAAGCAUAUAUCAAAGCCUAUGCACGCCACAUCAACAGCCAAUGCGACGCCCAGGCGCCGUUACCGUCGUAACCCUGCUGUUGCUACUGCUGCCGCGAUUUUAUCAGACUUUGAUGCUGCACCAGAAGAUACGCUGCCGGGCAGCCGCAGUCAGAGCCGCGCGGCCCCGCGCAACACUGCCAGACAGGUGGUGCCGAAAGACGAGGAGUGCUGGCCAGUGACCAUACUGAUCGAGCGGUAUCCUGAUCUUCGGUACGAGCGCUGGUUGCCAGGGCCCCUGCGUACAUCCAAAAAUAUUCCCGCGUCCGAAUGCGACAACCGGUACUUGCGCGGACCCCGGGGUAAUCUUCUGUGUCUGUGGUGUGGGCAAGAGACUAAAGAUAAAAACAGCCUGUUCUGUCUUAAACCCAAAUUGGACAGAUCACGGCGUAUCACGACUUUGUUCGGCGAAGGAUGUGAACACGAGCAUCGUAUGCGCAGAGAUAACCAGUAUGUCCGUGAACAACUGAAUAAGCGCGACCGUGGGGUUUGCUUUGACUGCGGAAUCGAUAUCCACGCGGUAUUCAAUGAGUCUGUAAACUGCAAAACCCUGGAGGAGCGCGCUGAAGUGUUCAAAAGGUUGUCUCAGCGGACACCCGAGUGGCUAAAGAAGGUCAGGCGGCCGCUGUCCAGCAUGGAGUACAAGUUUACUGAGGGUAUGUUUUGGGAAGCCGCGCAUAUCAUUGACGUGAAACACGGCGGCGGACUGUGUGGGCUUGGCGGGUACCAUACGUUAUGCGUACCGUGUCAUAACGACGAGUUUAUGAGGAACUACAUGACUGACCUGUCCAAUUUGCCUAUGUACCAGUCGCCGCCAGCUGCAUUUACUGGCCAGAGUCCAAGAAUAAACAUGGCUGCGCCUGCGACUGCUGCAAUCCCCGCCUCCCCUAUACGCGUGGUGCGCCCGCAUGUAGUAGCAUCGGCGCAAUUGGCGGAGACAGAGGCAGCAACAACAGUGGCAUUCUCGCCUUCGCCGCUUUCAACGCGAAUUGUGCAGACGAAUCUACAGUCGGCCAGCAGCUUUACGACGCCGCUGGCAAUGCGGCAGACGACCAAUAAGAGCAAAUCAGCGAUGCCGCCAUCUCGAACAGCGAGUAUGGCUUCGUAUUCGUCGUCUGCCUCACUCCCAUCGCCAACAAGCAAUACUGUGCUAAGUGUGCCGCGGGCCGUAUCCCGUGGAGCACGGACAAAGAAGCCGAGGGCAAAGGUCGCUGACCCUACGUACAAACCCAUCGAUUCUUCGUUUAAAUCCAGCGACGGGUUGAGGAUACUGUCAAAGAAGACGACGACCACGAUCAACAUUUCUUCAUCCGAGGAAUCCAGCGACAACUAUGAAGAUGGUAACGGCGAGGUGCGCAAUGGUCUUGGCGCCGUCAGGCUGGCCAGCAGCCGGCUGAAAAAGGCAAUGCGCAAUCCCUCUGACGGCACAGCUAGCGCGGCAAGCACGAAUAGCAGAUACACCGCUAGCACCGCGGCAAGCAACAGCACCGGGUUUUCGUCUAGAACAUCAACCAGAAUGCCCACAGCCCGCCAAGGCACCACUUGUUUUCGGCUGUCGCCAAGCGCUAGUGGAUACCCUGUAGAAUAAUAAGCAUUGCCAGUAUUGUAAUAACGAAAGAAAAAUU